AUGAUCCUGAUCAACAGAGCCGGUGACGUUUCGAAUGCGUUUAUUCGUGAAGAUGCCGGCGAAGCUCUGACGAAAGUUGUGAACUACGCCUCAGCCGGUAAAGCCCUUCAGGCAAUCAUCGCUGCCGGAUCCAAAUCGAAGAACAACACGAUUCGCGCGACAUGUGCCGGUUUCGUGUGCUCGUUGGUGUCCCGUUUGGGAACUACGACGAUACUGUCGUCCCCGGAUCAGCUUUCCAAACUCAUCAGCCAAUUGCUUGCUUUCAGCCGUGAUCCGAAUGCUCAAGUUCGGAUGCAUGGCAAGCAAACCCUAUUGAAUCUCAGUCAGGACGCUAAUUUCGACAGACAAGUGAAGAAGGCAGUUAGCGAUUCGGAUUACCGUGCUAUUCGGUGCAUUUUGGACGAGAUUGACAAAAAGGUAGGCAACAACCCAAUUUCCUGGACCCAAUCUCACAUCUGGAGCGGUCGUGGCAUGAUUUUCUAUAGAGAUGACCCAUGGGAACGUCGACUAGGUGGCCUGAAACGUUUCGAGGAGAUGUGUUCCAGCGCUACCAAGGCCGUUGCCUCUGAACACCAAGGUACUAGUCCCUUGGCCCAACGAGAAGUGGCAGAAAAUAACCAGCACUUGUUGCAGCUGACUGAAGCAUUCAUUGGUCGUCUGAACGACAUCAACAGCAAGGUGUCUCUGGAGGGACUCGACACCUACAUGGUCACUCUGCCUGUGCUCAGCAAGCUCUACUCCACAGAAGCGCAUUUGAAAGCAGUGCUGAAUCAGCUCGUGUUGGCCUUAAUGUCACAUCUGUCGAGUAAGAGUGAUGAGCAUCGUAAAACCGCUCAGAAGUGUCUCACCGAAACGAUCAAACGAGUUGGUCAGUCUUUCUCAUUGUCUCUUGCUUACUCAGACCUUAUUCGUGCACUUUUACGGAAUUCCUGA